UCAUUGGUCCGGCCGUAGGAUCGCGCUAUGAACUGUAUUACAGUGGCACUCAACUUGAUCUAUUCAAGUUAAAUGGUGCAAACAUAUUUUUAACAUCGGCUAGACACAGUUUAUAUAGGUUCAUAGAAUCUACAUACAGACGUAUUCUGUCAAGUAAUAAAUUAUUCCUCAUUUAAAGAAUGGGGGUCAUUUUAUCACAUUAGUUAACGAUUACUUCUGAAUCCGUACGCAAUAUACAGAUGGCAGUGGCUGAGCAGUGCAGACGUACUGUGAUUUGGCUCUUCCAAACUUUAAUGUUUGUUGUGGAUAUAUUACAUUUUAAUGAUACAUAGUGAGUAAUAAUAGCUUUAGGAGCCUAUAUCUAAGUAUUUAUAAAGUUUUUGAAGUGAAAGAUACUUUCAACUUGAGUAAAUCACAUAACCUGCUUGUGCCGUACAACCUAACCUAUAAACCUAACCUAUACAAGCUAACCUACAAUGUCCAAUUGUAAAGUUUGCAACCAUCCGCUAGGAAAAAGGCUCAAAGUUUCGUGUGCUGAUUGUACUCAAGACUUUCAUGGGUCUUGUGUCAGGCUAAGCAAAGCAGACAUUGAAUAUCUAGCAAGUGAAAAUAUAGUGUGGAGGUGUGAGCCUUGUGCAGUAACUAGGCGCAGCAGUCUACGGCUGGAGUCUCAGGCUACAGAAGGAAAUCUUUCACUGCAAGAUGUUAUCAAAGCUAUUGAAGAUCUUAAAAGUGAGUACAAAAAUUCGCUUAAUGAUUUAAAUGUCUCCUAUGAAUUAUUGAACAGUAAGAUUGAUGACAACACAGAGGCAGUAAAACAAAACAAUAAGAAAGUAGAUGACUAUUUGAAACUAAUUGACACUCUUGCACCAGAAAACAGUAAACUAAAAGAUAGAGUCUCUAUUUUAGAAAAUAAAUUCGAUGAAAUGGAACAAUACUCUAGAAAAAACUGUGUUGAAAUUCAUGGGAUACCUGAAACUGAUAAUGAUGUUAUGGAUCAUGUAAAAUCUGUAGGCCAAGCUCAUGGUAUGGAGAUAACUGACCAAAUGAUUGACAACUGUCAUUUGUUACGCAAAAGGCCAGGUUCAGAUAGGCCCCCAGGCAUCAUAAUUAAGUUUGUGAGAAAAAUAGAUGCUGAAAAUAUGUUGCAAAAGAGGAAAGGGAAGAAGCUUUCUACUAGGCAUCUGGGAAUGCAGUCAGAUAUCCCAGUCUAUAUUAAUGAAUCCUUAUCACCGGCUAGAAGGAGAUUGCUUGCCAUGGCGAGAGAGGUAAAGCUCCAGAAACAUUACAAGUGGUUGUGGGUGAGGGGUGGAAAAAUAUUUUUAAGAAAAGAAGACAAUGGCCCAGUGUCAACUGUGACAUGCCAAGCAGACCUGGUGAAACUGUGAGUAAUGUAAUUGGACUUUUUCUGUUCAAAUAUUAGUUAUGUUAUAGUUAUUUUAUGUUGCUAUUGUGUUUUAAACUACUUAUUAGCUACAUACUUAGAAGUACUGUUUUGUUUUCUUUAUAUUAAAUGCAAAGUAGUUCUCAAUGUUAUGAAGACAUAGAUUUUGUUAACAAAGACUCUGGGUUUGUUUUAAUCCACCAGAAUAUAAGGAGUUUGAGGGCGAAUUUCGACACAUUUUUAGCUGAAUUUUCAACUUUAAAUAAUGUUCCAAAAUUAAUUGUUCUGACAGAAAUAUGGAUAAAUAG